AUGUUCUUUGAAUACAUCUUUUGGAUCUCUCUGGCGGAGGUCGUUUUGGUUGCAGUAGCCGUAAUAGUGAAUGUCGUGCGACAAAAGUCUUUCAAGAAUCUCAACGAGCCACCUGUUGUCUUUCAUUGGUUGCCUACAUUUGGCAGCACCGUGGUGUACGGCAAGGACCCAUUCAAAUUCUUUUUCGAUUGCCAGGCGAAGUAUGGAGACGUCUUUACUUUCAUCCUCCUUGGGAGAAGAGUAACUGUUUACCUUGGAUCAAAAGGCAAUCAAUUUAUUCUAAACGGCAAGCUGAAAGACGUCAAUGCUGAGGAAAUUUACUCUGUCCUGACCACUCCUGUUUUCGGCAAGGAUGUCGUCUACGAUGUGCCGAAUGCCAAAUUCAUGGAGCAGAAGAAGUUCGUAAAAUCUGGUCUGGCUGCGAGUGCUUUGCGAUCGUACGUGCCUCUCAUGGAGAACGAGAUACUUGAUUUCAUUGAGCGAGAGCCUUAUUUUGCAGGCUCGGAUGGCAAGAUCAACAUACCGCCAAUCAUGGCUCAGAUUACGCUCUUUACGACUGCACGCACGUUGCAGGGUAGAGAGGUUCGCGAGAAACUCGACACCACAUAUGCGAAGCUAUAUCACGACCUGGAUGACGGCUUCCAGCCGAUCAACUUUAUGCUGCCUUGGUUUCCAUUGCCUCAGAACCGUAGGCGGGAUAUCGCACAGAAGAAGAUGACCAAAUUAUACGCAGACAUCAUUCAAGCGCGCCGCUCAAGUGGAGAGAAGAAAGACAGCCAAGAUAUGCUAUGGAACUUCAUGGAGAGCUCCUACAAAGAUGGUACACCCAUGCCAGAUACAGAAAUUGCGCACAUGAUGAUCGCUCUCUUGAUGGCUGGUCAGCACUCGGUCUCUGUCGCAAGCUCUUGGACUAUGCUGCAUCUUGCAGCUCAGCCGGACAUAAUGGAAGAGCUUUAUCAAGAGCAAUUACAUGUUCUUGGAGAUGGUUCAAACCCUUUGACAUAUGAAGGCGUCCAAAAGCUGACUCUUUGUUCCUACGCAAUACGGGAGACGCUUCGCAUGCACCCUUCAAUCCAUUCGAUUAUGCGCAAAGUGAAGAAUCCCCUUCCGAUUCAAGGUACUAAUUGGGUCAUCCCUCCCUCACAUGUUUUACUGGCAGCUCCUGCGGCUAUGGGCAAAAGUGAUCAAUACUUUCCUAAUGCAGAGAAAUGGGACCCUCAUCGUUGGAAAGACAUAGCGGACCCCAAAGACCAGGAGAAAGAAAAGAUGGAUUAUGGCUACGGUCUUGUGUCAACAGGCGCUGAUAGCACUUAUCUGCCAUUUGGUGCUGGAAGGCAUCGGUGUAUUGGUGAAAACUUUGCAAACAUCCAAUUAGCCGUUGUUAUAUCGGUCAUGGUCCGACACUUCAAGCUUACAAACAUCGAUGCGACGGAAGGGGUCGUGAACACCGACUACUCGGUGUGUCUUGUUGUCAACUCCGUCCUUUGA